CAUCCCACCGUCAUCACCGGCCGUCACAACCCAAAUCCAAGAUGACCCACCAGCUGCGACUUGGCCACGCUACCCUGCUCCUGCUUAUCGCUAUCAGCCUGACUGACGCAACAGUUCCGACGAUAGAUAAUAUCGUGAAAGUGCUCCAAUCCCCCGCCUUCCAGCAGAUCAUCCUCCCACAACCACUGGCUGAUGCCCCGGCCACCAUGACCGCCGCCGACACUCCCGCCACCUCCGACGACAAAAACAAGAAACCCCAAAUGGACAGUCCCGCCACCAGCAAAGACACCCCAGAAGAUCCAACCCUCAAACUGGUCACACGUGUCCUGGACACCCUCCGACCUGCGCCAAUUCCAGUGCCAUUGUCGAUCGCGGCACCUGCUCCAGCAGCGGUCCUGUUGCUACCUCAACGACGUGCCCUACCCGGAUGUCCGCUGUGCGAUGCCUCCGUGUACAGCUAUUGCGACUUUAAGGUGUUCCACGACGGAUGCUGCUGCGGAACGGCCAACGGAGGUGGUUACGGUCAUGGGGGCGGCGGUGGCGGGUUUGGGGGAGGAUUCGGAGGAAAUGGCCUCGGUGGCUACGGCGGCUGCGGCUACCAGGAGGACUGCAGCUUUCUGUACGCCAACUCGUGCUACGAGCACCAGCUGAUCGUCAACUGCUGCUGCAAUUCACCGUACUGAGAGGAGGAGGGACGUUUUCACAACUUACAACAGCGACAAACAACGAGGAUGAGCGUUUGAAGUAUAUAGAAUCAUUCUCCCGGGGAGAAAGAUUUUUGCUUUAUUUUUAUUUCCUCCGGAAAGCACUCGCGCAGCUCGCGAGCCUUUCCAACUCUAUGAAAAUACAAAUUGUUGCUGAAUAAUUUUAAACUUUAAUAGUUUCUCAUCUCACGUUCACGCUCUCUAGCUUUCACAAGUUUUUUUUUUUUUCAUCCAUUAAGAAACGAUCAUCUUUGCACUGUAAAAUCAAUAAAGUGUGUGCUGAUAAUAGUUAGGCAAAAAUCAAAGUUCAA